GUUGCAUUACGGUGCAGACGAAGGGAGCAUAUACGUAGUCGGCACUCUCAAAUUUUCUCAAUUAACUCUGGUUAUUUUAAGCGCGGCGAGGACUCGAACGUCGUCUCGAAAUGUCACCGAUCAGUCGCCAAUUCAGCUGUUUCCUGAACGUUACGGUACCUGCGGUACUUUCCUAAGGAUAAUCCCGCGAUUUUUGAAGGUGUGGACCUCAGCAGAACACCUUUUCAACGUGAAAUGUGCACAUCGCCUAGUUUUGAAGUUUUCUGUGUUUUCUGUGAUGUUCGUUUUAUCUGCCUACCGAGUUCCAAUUAAUUAAAUCACUCAGGGUCUUCAUCGUGCUGCCAUUGACGGCGAAUUGAGUGAGCCGAAUCGACGACGAUGAGGGAGCUGAAGUGCAAGCUGGGCACGGGGAACGCAGUGGCGGCCGUCGUCGCCGUGCUCGAGAAACAAUCGAAGAUCUACGACGCGGAGACGUCCCGAGGGAAUUUUCAGGAACGUACGUCAUCGUCCGGGAAUUGCCACGCGGUACGUGAUGAAAUCGCUACGCAAUCGGCGUCUAAAAAUAAUUUGGAGAGCAUCUUCGACGCCGUCUACGGAGGCGGUGUGAGCAGCAAGGAGGACGAGAGUUUUCGAACGGCCGUCGAAGAUUUCGACUGCGUGGCUGAGGACGUGAGGAGGAAUUUCGUCAAGACCGAUUCGUUGAGAAGAAGAAGAAGAACUGACACGGACGUCAGUGAGAGUGGGGAUGUGGAUGGUGGUGCGUUCAGGAUCGAACGGACCCAUUCGCUGAAAUCCAUCAGGACCAACCCCUACGUCCACGGUCAAGACUACACCAGGUCCCUGGGCAGGAGAGAGGUCCGAAGAACCGACCACCAAGACUCCACCAUCUCCGUCUACACUGCCCAACCCUUCAGCAACACCUGGAAACCGAGCCCAAUCGCGGGUCAUGGGUCGAGGCUGCCUCCCAUGCCAACCAGACCGGAACAACGUAACACUUCGCUUCAAACGUGCAAUCUGACAAGUCAAGGGUUUGAUGGAGAUACAAAUAUAGACGGCGAGAGUGGCUCGUACCACUUGAGACAGCACGAGGAUGCCGAUUACAGGAGGCUGUCUGGUACGGAAUCCAGUACGACGGAUGGCCUGACCAGUAGCAGCAGCAGCACGGUCGAUUCCUCGGACAGUGACGAAGAAAGUGAUCGUGUUAUGGUGAAAGGGCUGGAGACUAUAGCAGAAGAGGAUAGGAUCACGCCGAGCAGUCUUAGAUCCUCCAGAAAAGAUCCAGGGGAUAAUGAAUCUUCGAGUAGCGAGGAUGCAGCAGCCAGAAAGGAUCGAACUUUAGGAUGGUCUGAGGAGGCAUCUACAGCCGGUUCCACGUCGGAUUUGUCAUCCCUGGAGGGUCGGAAAACUUUAAGAGACAGUUCGACACGCUGCAACAGCGACUUCCAAUGGAUCGCUAAAGAAGCUCCGAAGGAAGACCUCGAGCUGCCCAACAUGGAAGUGCAGACUUCCCCACCAAGUACCUUCACCAAGCCUCCAAUCAACCGGAACACCACUCGAGAGAAGUCUCAUAGGAAAGAUAAGGCACCAGGAAGCCUGGAUCGCAGAAGACACCACGGUACCAACCGUCAAGAGAGAGACCAGAAGUCCAGGUCUACCCACCUAAAGAGCCCCUGCAGGUCUGAAGAGUUCCAGCCUUGUCAGAGCUACUGCUGCGUACCCGCUGAAGGCUUUGGUUUUGACCCCUUCCACAGGAGGCAUGAGAGAAGUGAUCCCCAGAAGUAUGGCAGCAACCCCAUGUUGCUGGAGCAGAGGGGCAGCCACCCGGACAUCUACGGUGACAUGAACAGAUGCAGGCAUGAUGUGAUGGGAUGCUGCUCGUAUCAUAUGGCACCUCCACCUUGUUAUUUUUACGGGGAUAGGGGGUAUAGGUGGACCCCACCUCCCUAUACGAAGCCUGGUGAACAGGAUGAGAAAGUACGAAAGCUUCAGUUCGAAAAGGACAACUUGCACUUGCAAGUUCAAGUUCUCACCGACCAAAUCGAAGCUCAGUCCUACAAGAUCUCCGAUUUGGAAAAAACGUUACAGGAUAAGAAGCAUUGUCUUGUGGAAGCUGAGGAGAAGCUUCAGCGGGAAAUGCUAUCAAGAUCUUCCCUCGAAACGCAAAAAUUAGAGUUAAUGAGCAUAAUAAGCGACCUCAAAUUACAACAGGCAGCAGCAGAACGAGAGAAUAUGGAAUUACGUAAUAACUUGCAUAUGAACAACAACGGCGACCUCAAGAAACCUACUCUGCUACCCCGCAAUUCCCCUCAACCCCAUUCAGCUUUAACCCCAAUACAACAUACCAACAGCGGUCAGGGUAACACCUUAAGAGUGUCACCAUCGCCUAGUUCAAUAACUAGUUUGAACUCCACGAGGAGAUCCGAAACAAAUUACUGUCUGCAAGACCUUCAACCUCCUAAGACUCCACCUUCCAGCUAUAAGAGACAGAUAGACAUCCACUAUGCCAGCCUGCCUAGGCAACAGUUCUUGAGCAACGGUGGCAACAUAUCGUCGGUGGAUUUCAACGCGAAUCCAGCCUCGAAUGGCAGCAAGAAGGCCGUUGCCUUUGGUAGGGGAUUUACCAAUCUCAUUGGGGUCAGGUCAAAGGGAUUCUCUGUGCCCAAUUUAGCACAAACGGAAAAAGGUACAACAGAGGAAAAUAACGGAGACGCAUCACAGUUACAAAUCGGCAAGAACAAGGGAAUCAAGAAAAUUUUUGGAAAAAUCAAACGAUCCGGAUCUGGAAAUCUAGAAGACCUACCUGGCGUUGGUGAAUUUCAGAGGGGAGGUGUACGCGCCACAGCGGCUGCUAGACUCGGAUGGAGCGAACCACAACUAACUCAAAAACCUGACAAGCCCUUCAGCGAAUGGGACACUGAAAACAUAUGCGACUGGCUACAAGACCUAGGCCUUGACCAAUAUAUUCCCGAGGCAAGAAAAUGGGUUAAAAACGGCCAGCAGCUCCAGGAGUGCGCCAUAGCGGAAAUAGAAAAAGAACUCAUCAUCAAGAACCCCCUGCAUAAGAAGAAACUUCAACUAGCCCUCAUCGACGCUGAAGAAAAUGGAUCUAGCGAUCCUUACCUAAGUAAAGCUGGAGAAUUAGACACAGCUUGGGUUUUAAGGUGGUUGGACGACGUUGGCUUACCUCAGCACAAAGAAAGCUUUCUGAUCAACAGGGUAGAUGGCAGGGUUCUCCACAGAUUAACCGUAGACGAUUUGGGUGUUUUACACGUAACAUCACUCCUUCAUGUAGCUAGUAUAAAGAGAGGUAUUCAGGUUCUCAGGGAGAAUGAUUACAGUGCGGCUUGUUUGAAGAGGAGAUCAGUACCAGACGAAGGACCUCCCACUCCUAACCUGGUCUCUCUUUGGACCACGCACAGGGUUAUGGAAUGGCUUCGAGCAGUGGAUUUGGCCGAGUAUGCCCCCAAUUUGAGAGGAGCCGGUGUCCAUGGUGGCUUGAUGGUCCACGAAACCAAAUUCACAGCUGAGUUGCUGGCUUCUCUUCUGUCUAUUCCACCUGGGAAGACUUUGUUACGGAGGCAUCUGAAUACGCACUUCAAGGAACUUCUAGGAAGGGACAUCAUCCAGGAAAAGAGAGAUGCACAGUCGACGAUGGGGUAUAUCCCUUUGACGCCAACUGCUAAACUGAAGACGACAAAGAAAUCGCAGUUUUCGUUGAAGAGGAAAAAGAGCAAAGGAGAAGCAGAUUAUGGUGAUUUAGUAUGUCCACUAAAUCCGGAAAAAUCAGGUGAAAUGAAUGGCUCUGCUCUUAACAGCUCUAUGGGUCAGAUGAGGAGGAUAAACCAAGAGGAAGAGGAUGUUUAUCAUCUCGCUGACAAAGGUGCUAAAUCCUUGCCUGCAUCUGUUACCAAUUCGCCAAUUCCUUUCAGGAAUGUUAAACAAUGAGAUAUGGUUGACUGACAAUAGUCCAACAUUAGUUGUUGAUUAAUAUUAAUACGUAAAAAAAUUUCGUAUUUUCAAAAACAAAUACGAUCCAUUCCAAUUUUAUUUUCGAACAACGAAACUCAUUUAUAUUUUCGAAAAUCGUGAUUCUAUUCUAAUUUCAAUUUCAUACUGUUUGAUUUGGUUCUGACGUUUGCUCUGCAUUUUUCUCCCAUUUAUAUUUAAAAAAAGCGUUUUUCUAAUGAAGUCGACAUUUUGAAUUGGUCAUCGGAAGAUAGCCUUAGACCAUUGACGUUGAAUCAUUUUUGUGCCAAAGGACAAUCCCACUAAUAUUUCAGUAUUAUAAAAAUUUGAUAGUAACUUCUGUAAAUUUUAUUGAAAAAAAGUUUCAGAAAAAAACUUGCAAUUGUCUGAAACCUUGGAUGUACCUCAUUUCUACAUGAAAUAUGGAAUUCAUCUUGAAAAACAUGAAAGAUAUAUAUAGAAUAUGAUAAGUGUUUGUUAUCAAAGCCUAUAUAAUUAAAGUUUCGUGAAAUAUUCACCAAAAAUGUCUUCCCCAACCAUUUGCCUUAGUGAAGUACAUGAAAUUAGUUUUAUAGAAAACUGGUUUGAUGAGAAUAUUGUUUAAGAAAUUAACAUUGAAUUUGAAUGUUGUUGAUAUUAGGUCAUCCAUUUCGUAAAUUGAAUUACUGAAAAUUAUCAUAAUUUUAGGUAUUUAUACAAAGAGAAACAAUAAAUUCUUCUUUGAAGGGAGAGAUGUAACAUUGGAAAAGUUCUCUUCAAAUUAUCAUAUCACAUUACAUUGAAUUGUUUUUCUGAAUAGGAAUCUUACUGGUUUUUUUUUUUCGAAGAUUCGUUUCAACAUUUUUCCUCAAUUAUUUGGAUGGUAUAAUAUUGCAUUCGAGGUAUAUACAGUUGUAGAUGAAUAAUCCCUAACGAUGGUAGCUUAUAGAAAUGUUGACGAAAUAAUGUAUAUUCAAAAAUAUUCUUAUUAUAAUAUUAAGAAUUUGACUGAGUGGUAAGAUGCUAUAUUAUGUCAUCGAAUGAUGAUCAAUAAAAAGUUAAACUUCUAAGAACCAAACUAAGAAUAUAUCACAAUAAUUUUAUCCAAUUAAUUUUUGUACAAAGUAUGAAUCAUACUUUUCUGGCACUGUAAACGUAUGAUUCCUUUUGUAAUGAAAUUUGUGUUGUAAUCAUUGACUUUGUGCAUAUUUUCAUAGUAUUCAUAUUCAUCGUCAAAGUUAUAAGGGUCAGAAUAAUUUUAAUAUAUGCAUUUUUAUCAAUUGUAAGAAUAUUUUGUGAAAAGUUUUUUAUUAUAUGGUAUUCACCUAAUAUAGAAAUUAUAAAUAA